AUAUAACUUUACUAUUUUAGUAUCGCGGUCUUGUUGUUUUUGAAAGCCGGAAAGUAGACUUCUCGUUUCAUCCACCACGCAGACGUACUUCACCGCAGCUACACUUCCACGUACCGAGAACUGAACCUCUGGCCGUGACCAGAAGGUGGAUAAAUUGGAAUUUUAAAGGGUGCAUAUUUCUUUCGUAGCUUAGGUGUGAAUUAUUUAGCUUUAAGCUCGCUGCUGUUUUAUUUUUUGCAUAUAUUGGAAAUUUUGGGAAGGUUAGGCCUAAAGAAAAAAUUUACAUAAAAAGCCUCUAAGAAACAACACGAUGGCUACAACGGUUUCUGCAGCAAGGACUCAAAAAUCUACCUCAAGCAAAAAGACGAAAAUUGUCUUCGACGAUGAUGGAACUGCUGUCGUGAAGGAAGUUAAGAACUCCAGCGGUCCUCGACUUGAUCCUUCGAUUGCCUGGUACAAUAUUCCCUUGCCUGAUCUUGCUCCAUCGAAACCACCUUCUGCUGAAAAGGUGAAGGAAUUGUUUGAGCGGGGUGAAUCGCUUUUGCAGAGAGAUUCAGAAUUGUUUCGGGAAGAUUUGGAACGUAAUCAUCCAGACAAACAUUUUCUGACUACCCUUAUUAAGUCUGGUACUGUUAGCGAUCGAAUUUCAGCUUUGACUUUGCUCGUACAAGAGUCCCCUGUUCACGCAAAAGAAUCACUGAACGUUAUCCUUCGUUUAUGUUCCAAGAAGUCUCGUAAUGAGGCUACACAGAGUGUCACGACGUUAAAGGAUUUAUUCAUGAACGGUCUCUUGCCUGAUAGAAAACUUCAUACCUUCAAACAACAACCGUGUCUUGGUGCCAAAGAUAUCAAAGAUGAACACCUCAUGAUUUGGGUUUUUGAAGACUUUUUGAAGAAGUUUUAUUUCGAAUACCUGCAGGCCAUUGAAGUUCUUACUUUUGACCCUCUUCUUUUCGUGAAAAGCCAGAUGGUUUCGACAAUGUUUGAUCUACUCAAGGCUAAGCCUGAGCAAGAACAAAACCUGUUGCGUCUUUUGGUAAACAAGCUCUCGGACAAGGAAAGAAAGGUCGCCUCCAAAACCUCAUACCUUUUGCUUCAAUUGCAAUUGGCUCAUCCUGCGAUGAGAGGAAUUGUCAUCCGCGAAAUUGAAAGAUUUAUCUUUGCUCCAUCCACCACUCGUAAUUCCCAGUACUAUGCAGUGAUUACCCUGAACCAGACCAUUCUCUCCAAAAAGGAAGUAGGUGUUGCCAACCAUCUCGUUCGUAUUUACUUCGUUUUCUUCAAAAAGCUUCUCUUUGGAUUGGAGAAAGAAGAAGAGGAUGAAGAGGGUACUGAAGAGAAAGAGAAAAAGGUGGAUGCCGGUUUAAAGAGACAAAACAAAGGAAAAAACGGAAAGAAAAACAAGCCCACAAACGACGAGCUGGAGAAGGAGGCACAAGAGAAUGCCAACUCACGUCUUAUUUCUGCCGUGCUUACUGGUGUCAAUAGAGCUUUCCCCUUCGCUGAAGUGGAAAGUGAGGAAUUUGAGAGACACAUUAAUACUCUGUUUAAAAUUACCCAUUCUGCCACGUUCAGCACUUCUAUUCGUGUUCUGAUGCUUAUCUUCCAAGCAUACUCGAGCCGCGAUGCUGUUCCCGAUCGUUUCUAUCGUACUUUGUAUGAAUCGUUGUUGGAUCAACGUUUGAUUGACUCAUCAAAACAAGCAUUAUACUUGAAUUUACUGUUUAAAGCUCUCAUUGUGGAAACGAAUGUUGUGCGCGUGAAAGCAUUUGUCAAGAGAAUGCUUCAAAUCUCUACCUGGCAUCAACCUUCUUUCGUUUCCGGUCUCUUAUACCUUAUCGGCGAGUUGGUGAAAACAAUUCCCGAAAUUCGUACAAUGUUCACUCAUCCCGAAUUGCACGAGUUUGAUGAUGAUGAAGAAGAAAACUUUCAGGAUGUUGACGACGAUUCAACAGCUGAGGAAGGCGAGAAAAAGGAUGAAACCACUGGUACACCUGUGGAAAAAGAAUUAUCCAAAAAAGCAAAAAAGAGUAUUAAGCAUGACGAUGCUUAUGAUGGUCGGAAACGUGAACCGCAAUUCAGUAAUGCCGACAAGUCUUGCGUCUGGGAAAUCUUCCCAAUGCUAAAUCAUUUCCAUCCCACUGUGUCAUUGUAUGCUAAGACCAUAUUGAAAGGUGAUAAGAUUGAGACCAAACCUGACCUGUCGCUUCAUACUCUUAGCCACUUUUUGGAUAAGUUUGCAUACCGCAAAUCAAAGAAGGCCUCCGUCAACAAAGGACAAUCUAUCAUGCAGCCGUUGGCUGGUGUGGAGUCUCGUGGUAACCUCUUUUUGAACCAGGGAACUACUUCGGAUACGGUGAACACAGAAGACUUUGCCAAGAAGAAACGGGAAGAUGUUGCUGUGGAUGAGCUCUUCUUCCAUCGCUUCUUUACUGAUAAGCUAAAUACGUCGUCGGUUGUCAACAAGAGAAAGCGUGAGUCUGCCGAAGAUGGUGAGCUCGACGAGGACGCUGUCUGGAAGGCUCUUGUGGAUUCGAAGCCUGAUUUGGAGUUAGAUGAUGAGGACGAUGGUUUCGACUCGGAGGCUAUGGAUGAAGCUAUGGCUGACUUGGAUGAUGAAGAAUCCUCUGCCGAAGAACAGGCAGAGCAAGAAGGCGAAGAAGAAGAAGACGAGGAGGAAGAAAAUGAAGCUCCUAUGUUCUCUGAUGAAGAGAAGGCUGAGGACGACGAAGGUGAAGCUGAAGGUGUUGAAGAUGAGGAGUUUGAAGGUUUUGAUGAAGAGAUGGACUUUAUUGACAACCAGUCUGACAUUCUUUCUUCUGACGCCGAAAUUGAGGAUCUUCCGGUUGAAGAAGACACUACAUCUAAGAAGAAGAAGAAGAGAAAAACGUUCCACGAUAUGCCUGUUUUUGCUUCCGCUGAAGACUAUGCUCACCUUAUUGAUCAUGAAUAAGUUGAAGCUGGUAAAUGGAUCUAAUAAAGUGGUUUGCUUAAGUUUUAUAAGGGUAUUGUUUUAUAUUUUCCGCUUGUUUUCGGCACAGUUGAAGUUUCUAUGGUGAAACUUUGUUUUACUAUACGGUGCUCAUACAAUGAGACUGCUUCAUCUGCGUAAUACUGUAUAUGUUUUGGGUAUACAUUCAUUGGUUUGCUAAUACUGGCUCUUCUUUUUGGGUGGUUAAAAAGGUUUUUGACCCAUGGUAAUUAUCAAAUAAAAUUAUUACAUACUUAAAAAAAACAAGUAAAUUAGCUUCACA